AUGAGAGAUGAGAGCAGCAAAGCUUUCUGUGUUCACUUUCUAACUCAUGUAGAAGAAAUGAAUUUUAGUGCUGUUGCGCUUGGUGCAUAUGACGAGGAAGACGAUUUGAAAGGAGUCCCACCUGGUGUAGUAGUUAAUAUCGCUCCAUUAGGUAUUCCUCCACCUCCUUCGGCCCCAGUACCGUUAGCUUCCGGUCAGCUGGCACUCGAAGGAUCUGCGGAGCUACAACAAGAACGAAGGUUGAAGGCUAGAUUGUUUAUGGAGAAAAUAUUAAACGAAAAGCGUGCAGCCAAAAUACGUGCACAGAAAGAGGAGCAGAUGGAAAAGGAGAGGGAGCUUGCAGCAAAACUUAAAGUGGCUAACGAAAGGAAAGAGCGGGUUGAAAAGCCCAGUAGUUCAGGUAUUGGACAAGCUUUAAAAACAUUACCAUCUACAUCUAAGGAGCCAACAAGUGCAGAAAAAAUUGAGCUGAAAAGUCCUCUUGCAACUACAGAAAUUGACCGUUUAAUAAGCUCAAAAAUCGAUAAAGCGCUCAACGACUGUCUUAGUAAACGUAGGGAGGAGCGAGAUUCGCGAUAUAAGGAUAAAACUAAAAAAGAGAAAACAAAGAAGAAAAGGAGGUCGGAAUGUGAGGAAGACGGCGAGAUCUUAGAGAACAAGCGGAAAAAGAAGAAGAAGCAUCGUAGGGACCGGAGUCAGUCUAACGAAUCUAAAUCGGAGAGUCGUAGAAGUAAACACAAGAAGCGCCGUCGUUCUUCCAGUGUUGAGGAACGGAGGAAGAGACACCGGAGUCGUAGUAGUUCACGUAAGAAAGCUCGUUGA